AUGUUGACUCUACGGCAUCAGGCCCACGGAAGGGAGCAGGACCUGAAAUGCCCAGGAUGCGAAGCCAGGUUCGCCCGAGCUGGUGGCCUCAUGGGACACCUCGAGUAUGAGGAAUGCUCCGUCAUCCCAAAGUCUGCUCUAGACGCAUAUCGCACAAAAAAACUUGCCAUGCCCUUGGCCUUGGAGAAGCUCAGCCUGACCGAAUCAGAUUCUGACAAAGCCAACUUGAACGCUGGCAAUGCACACAAAUGGGUCCGACACCCUGCCGAGAACCAAGCCCCGGCUAACAGGCUUUCGUUUGCUCCUGAUGCCUUCCCCAUACUGCCAAGCCAGGCGAGCCAGGUCUCGCAGCCACAAGCCCAACGUCAGCAACCGGGCGGUCAAGGUCUCCCUGAUGCGUGGGGACGACAGGAGAAUAUUUUUCCAAAUGCGACGGCCGUACAGAGACCAACAUCCGCACAACUGGCUGAGGCGACAAGACCCAAUGCAAAAUCAGAAUACCUUGCAGCUAUCCAUGAUCCGAACCAUCAGGAUUUCGAUGCCGAGAAGUACUUCAAUGACUUCAAUAACCUAUUUGAAUGUCCAAUGAAAGGAUGUCCGCAGUCGUUUGAUUCUGCCGUUGCGAUCACGAACCAUCUGGUGACCCGCGGUAUGCACGGCACUGGUGACAGACUUCAAUGCCCGGCGUGUCUUCGAUUCUUCGUCGGUGUCACGGCCAUGACCCAACAUGCCGAGUCUCAGUCAACGCGCUGCAACAUCCGAACAUCGGCAAAGUAUCGGCCGUUUCUGGCCCAGCUCACUGCCGGUGUCAUGGACGCCGUAGGACAGCACUCCGACACGACCAUCAAGUAUGAGGUCACCAACGAGGCCCUUAUUCAGUACGGCAAAGUAAGUCGCAGUCUCAACGCUGUCGCUAGUGUCCAGCCAGGCUCGAUCAAGCUCUCUGAGCGUGCCGACUACUGGCGUACUCAUGAGGUCAAAGAUGCAGAAUGGUAA